ACAUUCAAACGAUUUAAUUCUUCGAUUCAAGAUGGCAGCAAAGGUUCGCCUGCUGUUCUUGCUCAUAUUGGUGUUUCUUACACCUAGCGAAGAAAGAUUUGUAAACGUCACAAUAGAAGGCUUGACCGUCCCCGUUUGCGAGUCCCACUCUCUGUGUAACCCACAAAAUGGAUGCACUUCAGUCAACCCUCCCUCGGAUUUAACAUGCCAUUGUGAUCCGCCUUGUUUCUUCUUCAACGAUUGUUGCCCCGAUUUCCUAACAACGUGCACCAAUUCAUCUCCUCUUUAUAGCCAGUUUGUCAAUGCAACCGAGAACAUCGAUUCUGACCAGCUGUCCUGUAUGAUCCCUCCUCACUCAUAUUCUUCGGGCAAAAAUACAGCGUUUCUGAUGAUCGACAAGUGUGCAUCAGACUGGAACAAUGUCUUGGUACAGGAAUACUGCGAAGGAUUUGCAACUGAGUCUGACUUCUUCACCCUAGCUCCUGUAUCUUUCGUGUCAUCCAUUAGUUUCAAGAAUCCAUACUGUGCUAAAUGUAACAGGAUAAAUCUCCAUGAUGUCACUCCUUGGUCUUUCUUUGUGGAAUGUAGCACUCAAGCCCCGGAGAUACCCACUAAUGCGACCUUUCAAGAGCGUGUUACAAUAUUGAUGAAGAAUUGUACUAAUUGGUUCUUCGUGCCUCCAUCAUCUGGUAUAACGGAUGUGAGAAUAUGUUCCAAUACAGAGUUUGGUACUUGUCGGAAUACCGAUGACGGAGAAGCAUCAUUUGCUAUCCAACGUGCUUGUCGUUCCUAUCUAGCAACGUUCAUUUCGCUCAGAGAUGGCCGUAUGUACAGAAAUCCUCACUGUUUUCUAUGUGAUAACACGUCCGACCAGUACAAUAUAUCCAUACUUCAUUCCUCAGUGGGUGAUGUAAUACCUUGUACAGAUCAUCAGCAGACAGUCACCAUCAGGGAGCCAUUGACUACGCAGGUGCAAGAGAUUGCCACUUACAGCCAAAUGACACAAGUCUAUAUGACAUAUGUAGUUUCUCUAAGCAUUGAUGCCAUCGUUGCUGAGGGGCCUUCUACAGACUUUGACCCUCUAUGGUCAGGUACUUUCAAUCAGGAGUCUUCACUACAUCCCUUACCCCCUAUAUCAGUUUUGAUUGAUUUUACGUCACUCCAUGACGCGCCAUCCUUAGAAGAAAUCGUGCCAGUAGCUUGCAACCACACACAGGUCUUUGACCCAUCUAUGCAAAUGUGUAUCGAACUCUCCUGCCCUGCAGGCUACAAACUCUUAGAUAGGUCAUGUGUCGUCGAUUCAACCAAAGGUGACAUGAGAUGUUUGAAUGAUAGUCGAAUACCUUCUACUGCCACAGUGAGUUGCGAGCAUGAAGUCGUAGGAAAAUCGUUCUGUGGCCCUUUGUGGCCCAUUGCAAAUGAAUCAGUGUCGUGGUUCACCCUACAUAGCAGCCUUCCCCAGAAUAUUAAAGUUCGAGAGAUAAGCGCGACGUGGAGGAAUGUGAGCUCUUCUCGUAUUGGAAUCUGCUUACAAGUUGUCACCCUCACUUUUGAUUUGCCCAGGGGCUUUGUGCCGUUCAGACAACCAUCUAAGAUGGUCCGGUGGGUUGUCCCAGGGACCAGGAAUUCGGGAGACCUGACAUGCCGUUUAUCAGAAGUCAAUGUGCAAGUAGGAUGUGUUAGAAGAGGAGAUCAGAUAUGUAGUAACAAUUCUGUCUGGUUUAAUGAAUUCCAGAUUAUGGGUGAUUCUUCAAGGACAAUUUUUUUUGUGAGCGAAACUAAUACCUCUUACGCGAUUGAAGAUUCUCUCUUGACACAAAGAUUUCGGUGGUAUUCUGAUAAUUCCAGCAAUGUAGAUGCAGAUCUUUUGGUUUGUAUGCGUGAGAACGCGUCACGAUGUGCGAUGAUAACGUUAGAGGUCGAUGACUUUGUCAUGUUAAGAAAUGGUUCAGUUUUGUAUAAACCACUCGGUAUGAUUUUUGAUCAAGAUAAUUACAAAUUGGUGAAUAACGACUCCAUUCAAGUCUGUUCCUUCCUAGACAGUACUGGAAACACCACCCGUGAAUAUUACCUAAUCACAUUUUCAAAAGGGCAGUCUAUAACAAGUUUCAUUGGUUGUCUUCUGUCGAUUGCUUGCCUUGUGUUUACCCUUGUCACCUACGUCAAGUUUGGAAGCCUUCGAAAAUCUAUUUGUAGUCAGUUAGUAAUGAGUACAUGCGUUUCCUUGACAUUGGCACAGUUAAUGUUGCUCUUCAGUGGCAUGGCGAAAUCGAACCACAUCUCUUGCACAUGUUUUGCCGUACUCGGACACUACCUGUGGCUUGUUGUCUUUGCACAUUCGAUGGCCCUUGCAUUUGACCUCUAUCGCAGGUUUGGACUAACUCAAAAGGUCAAGAAAACAUCCGAAGGCCAGAGACUACUGGUGGUGUUUCUUGUCUCUGCGUGGGGGUCACCAUUGCUCAUCGUCAUACCCUGCGUGAUAGUCCACCUCUGUAAGUUGCCCCAUGUUGCACUGACUUACGGUACAAUCAAAUCCUGCUGGAUUGGUAAUGGCUUCAUGAACCUCUAUGUGUUUGGUGUGCCCAUGGCCCUCAGUCUGAUCUUUAAUGGAAUUCUCUUUGCUCUCGUUGUUGCUGGUCUUCGUAAAAGGACAAACCAAACCACGAAGAGAAAGUCAUCGAAGCUGACGACUGAAGGUGUUGUCUAUCUGAAGAUGUCAACACUACUUGGAUUCACAUGGAUAUUUGGUUUCAUUGCUGCCUUUGCCAACGUUACGGCUCUCUUGUAUAUCUUCAUCAUCCUCAACUCUCUCCAAGGAGUCUACAUCUUUAUCGCUUUCAUCUGUAACAAGCGUGUCUUUAAGAUGUGGCAAGACUCAUGCUCGUGCAACCAUUGUGCCUCAUUCACCUACAUAUGUCAGUUUUUGCGAUCCCUGUCGGCAGAGCAAUCGUCAUCCAUCAAAACUUCCGAAUCAACACGGACCUUGUCUUCUGUGUCGUCCACGAAGAAGGGAAAUCCGGGUACGUCCAUCUCUAUGACAGAAACUUCAUCUAGCUAUUCUGUACGUGAUGUGAAUCCAGACCUGAUUGAGACAGAUUCCUCGGCCUUUGAAACACCGAUGCCGGUCUUCGAGUCCCCGCCUCGCUCCACUUCGGCACGAAAAGACAUACCGAUUCCAAUUUCCAGUCAACUCAUGGAUGAGCUGAAAGCGCAGUUUGGAAGAAAGGUGUAGGUCAAACAGAUAUGGGAUUCAUAAAAAUAAUGUGACCGGACAUUUAAGAAAGACUGAGUAAUGUUGCGGUUGGGAUGUCGCGUGCUUCGACGCAAUAUAUAUAUUUUUUUGUUUCAUUGUUUCAUUGGGCUACACAUUUAUAAAUUGAGACAACGUACAAGCAGGAUGGGACUCUAAUCGUAAUGGCGACAUGUAGAGAAAAGACACGAAUGUCGGACGGCGCUUUAUAACACAGACACGAAUGUCAGACGGCGCUCUAUUGCUAUAUCUUUACCCAGACCCGAAUGACAGACGGCGCUUUAUUGCUGUAUCAUUACACAGACACGAAUGUCAGACGACGCUAAGCUAUAGGGUUACACCAGAACCGAUUUCUUCCGCAUAAAUUCUGGCCGAUUCUGCCCGAAUGUGGCCUGAUUUGGAUGGUUUCGGUGGAUUCUCUGAUUCAGGAAGCUCCCCGAAUAGAGACAAAUUGGUCCAGAAUAAGUCCCGAUUCAGCGCUGAAUCGCCAAGAAUGGACACGAAUCAAUUUUGGCCAUCCCGAAUAAAGCCGAAUGUCACCCGAAUAGUGGCAAGAAUUGAACCAAAGGUGCCUAGAAUCGAGGCGAAUGUGGCCCAAUUGCUCCGGUUACAGCCGAAUGACGACCCGAAUCGGAACGAAUAUGGCCAAAUGUGCCAAGCUCGGACCGAAUCUGCCCAGUAUACUCCGAAUGCCUCCCCUUAUCCAACCGAAUGUCAUCUGAAUAUACAUCCCAAAUGUGACCCGAAUGAAAUGUUGUUGUGGAGGGUAUUCGGCCGGUUUUGAACGUAUGAAAACGAGCCGAAGAAACAUAUUCUUAAAGAAACUAUAUGUGUAUAUUUUUAUUUGUAUUAUCAUAAUGUGAUCUACGUAGAGUAUGACUUGGUGGAUGAUGGCUAGAGGGUCUCAGUUACACUCUCUUAUCGAUUUUGCUGGGAUGCAUUACGUUCAUGCUUGGUAUUCCCCUGGAUUUUUCACUCGCUUACAGGAGCUUGGGAACGAGUUUUUAAGAGUUGGUGCUAGUUUGCCAACCCCCCCCCCAAAAAAAAAAGGGGAAGAUGAUUUUGGUCCUAUUUCUAACAUUUUAGCAUACUAACCUGAUUUCCAGGGGGUGCUGACUUUGGUGUAUAACAUACUCAGCACCCCGAGAAGAAAUAUGGUGGUGCCUAGGUCCCCCCUCCACUUCCCAGGGCAAUGUUCGCUUGUCUUUUUAUUAUGGAAUGAAUUGUAUAUUUUCUUUUUAAUUUAUGAAUUAAUAAAACAUUGCAGUGGGGAAUUGGAAAAAAGGGUUGAUCAAUUACCUUCACCUGUGCAUUUAUAUGUGUUGUUUAAUGCACUGAAUCAUGUUUUUGCACUCCCCGCAUUCUAUCGUUGGCUUGUGAUUGUAUGAUUUAGUAGCUUAUGGUUUGUUGGGACUGUUUCUUAUGUACGGUAUAAAAAUCAAAACAGUAUAUGCAGUACAUGUACAAAAUCAAGAAUUACAAUGGUGACUGUUUACAUAAAUGCUUCAAACGACACGGAUAGAUCGCUAUAUUCAGAGCCAUUGAUAUAAUUAUAAUGAACGCAAAAUUGACGAAAAGGGUGAUGUGUAAACUACUUUUAGUGAUUUUGCUUGUGAUUUUUUAUUCCCCAUAUCCAUGGGGCGGAUCUAGCUUUUUCCCAAGGAGGGGGUUUGACCGAGAAAUUUGACGAGCAAAAAAAUAAGGGGGGGCUUUACACCAAAAUAAAGGUCAUUUUGGUACUUAAAAAUUUGACACGAGGAGAAAAAUGUGUCACUGCCAAAUGAAUGAAGGGGAAAUCACUAUAAAGUGAAGGUAUUAUUAUUAUUAUUAUUUUUUU